AUGCCUUCGACUGCACGGCCCGCACCCCCACGCCGGGUGAAUCUCCUCAUCGACCUCAACGGCACCUGCCACGUCGGCGAGCAGCAGACGCCCGGCGCCGUCGACGCCCUCCGAAAGCUGCGCCAGCUCCAACGACGACAGCAGCGCGCCUCCUCGGGCGGCGUCGCAUCUCCCUCGUCGCCGCCGUCGCCGUCGAUCGGCAUCCGCUUCUGCAGCAACACGACAAAGGAGUCGACGUCGUCGCUCCUCUCCAAGCUGCGCAGGGUCGGCUUCGGCGACGACCUCAUCGUCGAGUCGGACCUCUUUACCAGCCUCGACGCCACCAGCCGCUACGUCGAGCGCUGCGGCCUCUCGCCGCUCCUCCUCCUCUCCGAGUCGGCCCAGACGGCCUUCCGGCGCGACGCCGCGCUCGAAUCGCGCUGCUUCUUUGCCUCGCCCGGUACACCGCCCAGCCUGCUCCACGAUGACCAGAAAAGGGCGCUGAUGCGUUGCGAUGCCGUCGUCGUGGGCCUGUGUCCGCAGCUCAUGACGCAGGCCUGGCUCGACGAGGCCUUCAGGCUGAUCAGCGGCGAGUACGUCGGCCGCGGAGGAUCGCAAAAGGCCAGGCUGAUUGCGACACACCGCGCUCUCUACCACCGACCGUCGACCGACAGCCCGCUUUCACUCGGACCGGGCGCGUUCAUCGCAGCGCUGGAGGCGGCGGCGCGACUGGACGCCUCGACGACGACCAUCUGCGGAAAGCCUUCGCGGACAUUCCUGCAAGAGUGCCUGGGCGGUCUCGAACGCGAGGGCCCUGGCCGAGAUGGCGAUGGCGAUGGCCAGGGCGAUGCGGCGACGACGACCAAGACGAAAAACGUCAUCAUUGGCGACGAUGUCGAGGCGGAUCUCGGGGGCGACACGACGCUUCUCGAGCUCGAGAGGGUGCUGGUUCGAACGGGCAAGUACCGCAAGGGGGACGAGGAUGGCGCAGCGCAGAGGUCGCCGCCCGACGCUACGUUCGAUACGUUUGCCGAGUGGGUGGAUGCCUUUGUGGCCGAGGUGGAACGACGAGGGGUGGCCGAGUAG